GCAGAAAAUGUGCUUUCAACUGUUCGCAUUUCUGCUCCUCCUUCUGACCGUUUGGGUGACGGGCAGAAGUACUCCAUCGGAGUUGGAUGAAGACUGCGAACUGAAUUCUGUAGAUACAAUGCAUGAUUUCUGCUGCGACCUGCACGAUGAGAGUCCCCAGUUUAGCGAUUGCCAGAUGGAAUGGCACGAAAAGAUUCAAUACCAGACGGAUGAAGAGGAGCAGACGUACAUGUUUUGCACCGCAGAGUGCAGUUUCAACAGUACGCACUUCCUAGGCAAGGACCGCCGUUCACUGAACCUCAAUGAGGUAAAGGAGCACUUGGAAAGCGACCUGGUCAACGAUUCGGAUAUAGAGCUUCUCUAUGGCACCUAUGUCAAGUGCGACAAGCAUGCGCUCUCACUGUUGCCGCACAAGGGAGUGAAACAGAUGGCCAGACGCCUCUCGUACCAUGGCUGUCAUCCAUAUCCCGGGCUGGUCCUCGAGUGCGUGGCCAACGAGAUGAUCCUGCACUGUCCCACUAAGCGGUUCCGUCAAACAGCCCAGUGUGAAGAGACCCGCAAUCAUUUGAGGCAGUGUAUGCAGUAUCUAAAGUACAAAUCCUAG